AUGCUAGAUGAUUUACCAAGUUAUGAUUAUUACAUUCCAUCGGAAUGUUAUAUAACUGCAUUUGAAGACUCACAUUCAACAAAUUCUACAUCAAAAGCAUUACCUACAAUUGAUGUUCUCUUCCCAAAUGGUCUUGUUGCUUGUAUUAAACGUGAACAAAUUCAAACAUUAGCUGAUAUUCGUCAUAUACUACACAAUGAUUAUGCUGUAACAUGGCCAUUUCAUUUUCUUUCCAUAACACAUACAUUUACAAAUGAUACAGACGAUUUACUCUUAGAUGAACAACAAUCAUUUGAUACACUUGGUCUUGUUUAUCCAUUUGUACGUGUCAGUGCAAAAGGUGAACUACCAUCACCAUUAUGUAAAUGGUUAUCAUCAAUUGAUCAAUCUGAUAUGGAAUCCUUAACACAAUUUAUUGAACAAUUAGUUGAAUGGCGUGAUACAACAAUUCCACAAGAAAUUCUUCAUGCACCACCAUCUAUAUCUCAAACAAUUUUAUCAAAUAUUGAUUCAUUUUUAGUUUAUGUUGAACGAAGAGAAACAUCUUUUAGUUGUACACAAACAACCACAUGCCAAGAAUUAAUUAAACGUAUUCUUAAUGAAGAGAAUAAAUCAAUACUAGAAUAUUAUAAUGCAUCAACUGAGCCAAUGUUAAAAUUUUCUUAUCGUAAUGAAUUUUUAUUAAAAUCAGAAUCUUAUCCAUUACUUCAAUAUAGUUAUAUUCAAGAAUGUUUACAAAAAAAUAUUCAAAUAAAUUUACAAUUAAUUUAUAUUGAAUUACCAAAAAAAAGUAAAAAAAUUGGACAAACUAAUAAUAAUAAUAAGAAUAAUAAUAAUACUGAACCCGAUAUAUUUCAAUCAACAACAAAACGAAAUAUACCAAUAAAUAAUAAUAAAGAAAAUGAUUCAGAUCAGCAAUUAUUAUCUAUGCAAUCAUCAUCAUCGCUAUUUAAAUUUAUUUUUCGUCUUCGACCAUCAGCAAAUGCUAAACAAACAUUAUUUCAACUUCAUUCAGGAAUUUAUUAUGGACGUCGAUGUUUAUUUUCAUUUGAACCAAUUACUUGGAAUAAUACAUGCAUUGAAGAAAUGAGACAAACUACAACAUUACCUAUUGCUAGUAUAUUACCUGGUACUCUACUUUGUUUUGCAUUAACAAAUAAACAAUCAGAAACAUAUUUUCUUAAUGUUAGUUUAUUUCGUUCAAAUGGUUUUCUAUUAAAUGGUUCAUAUGAAUUCACAUUUAACUUAGUUAAUCCAAUACAAAAUAUUGCAAAUACAAAACAUCUUUAUCCAGAUGGUUUUAUUGGUUCAUCAUAUAUUGAAUCACCAGUAUAUAAAUAUGAAAUAAAACUUACAUUUGAUUCUCAACCAUAUAGAUUUUAUCAUAAUGAAGAAAUUUCAGAAAAAUUAACUCAUAUUAAUAUGCGAACACCGACAGCAGUAACAACAGCUAAACAACAACAUCAUCAUGAAUCAGGUGAUGAUGUUGCUAAUGCAGAAGCACUGAAUUAUUUACUUGGUACUCUCAAUGAUGAGACACAAUAUAUGGUGCAAGAACCUUCUUGGCUGUCUGAUUGUUCAUCAGCACCUAUAGAUGCUCUUCCAUGUGUUCUUCAUUCCAUUCUUGCUGAUAUUCAUCGUUCAAUACUUGCCGGUAAUAAUUAUUAUAAUACUGCACCAGUUUAUGACAAAUUAUUUUCAAUGUAUAAAUUAAUUGAUUUAUGGCCACCAAUGUCAUUUGAAAUGUGUUUUUUUCUUCUUGAUUGUACAUUACCAGACGCACAUAUACGUUCCUAUGCUGUUUCACAAUUAGCACGUUUAUCUAAUCAUUUAUUUCUUUUUUAUUUACCACAAAUAAUUCAAGCUGCAAUACAAUUUGAACAUUAUAUUGAUACACCAUUAAUACGUCUUAUUCUUAAACGAGCAUUAUGUCAUCGUGGUAUUGGUCAAAAAUUAUUUUGGACAUUAUUAAAUGUUAAUACACGUAAUGGUCGUGUUAUGUUUGAACUUUAUAAAACAUAUUGUGGUUUAACAAUAUCAAAUGAUUUACAAACUCAAGUAACAUUAACAUUAAAAUUAAAUACAAUUAAUCAAAAAAUAAGAUCAACGAAUGUAAAAGAUGCACCAAGUAUGAGACAAGCUUUACUUGCACGUUUACGUGAUUCAGAUAAAAAUUCAUGGCGUUGUGUAUCACCAUUAGAUACAGGUUGUCUUCUUGGUUCAUUAUUAAUUGAUGAAUGUCAUGUAUAUGAUUCAUUUAUGCGACCAUUUAAACUUGUUUGGGAAAAUGCAUUAAAUCCUACACAUGAACAUUUUGAAUUAAUCUAUAAAAUAGGUGAUGAUUUACGACAAGAUGUAUUAACAUUACAAAUAUUUCGUUUAUUUGAUUCGAUUUGGAAAACAAAUAGUAUCAAUAAUACAAAUGAAGAUUUAUUACAACUUCAAAAUCUUCAUAUGACAUUUUAUGAUGUUAUGUGUACAAGUGAUACAACAGGAUUUAUUCGAAUUGUAUCAAAUGCAUAUACAAUAUUAAAUAUUUAUCAUAAAUUUAAUACAACAACAACAAUGAAACGUAAUGUAAUUUAUGAUUGGUUAGUUACUCAAAAUAAUACUGCACAUAAACUUCCAGUCGGAAAAACAACACGUCGAACUAAUACUAUUGGAAUAACAGGUGAUACAUCAGAAGUAACUGUACCGAAUAAUGUUCUUGUGAAAUUUCGAAGAUCAUGUGCAGCAUAUUGUACUGCUGGUUUUGUUAUGGGUCUUGGUGAUCGUCAUCCAUCAAAUAUAAUGUUAACACCCGAUGGUCGUUUAUUUCAUGUUGAUUUUGGUCAUAUAUUAGGUGAUUAUGUUAAAUUUGGAAAUAUAUUUCCACGUGAAACAACAAGUAUUGUUCUUGUUGAACCAUUUCUUUAUGUAAUAAAUAAUCGUACACAGAAUGAUACAGUUGAUUAUCGAGAUUUUAUUCAAAUAUGCUUAGAAACAUUUCGUCUACUACGUGAACAUGCAACAUCAUUAUUUGGUUUACUUUAUUUAAUUAUUUAUGCACGUUUACCAUUAUUGAACAGUAUAUCAAAUUUGAAUUAUUUACGACAAUCGUUAUUUUUAAUUGGAGAUAAACCAUAUGAAACAAAACAUGCUAUAAAAGCAUAUAAAAGAAAAAUUCUAUCAGCACAAAAGGAUACAAGACGAUUUUUAGAUUGGAUUGCACAUGCUUUUGUUCAUAAACCACCACGAUAG